AUGGCGCCGCUGGCUGACGACGAUGAGCCCUUCCUUCCUUUGGCCCCUCCAUCUGUGACGGAGCUGACGGAGGAGGCUGCGGAAGAGCAAGCUGCAUUGAAAGAGGCCGCAGCAGAGGCCGCGGAGCGUGGGGACCUCGAAGAGGCCGUGGAGAAAGCUUCGGCGGCCAUCGCUUUGGGCCGGGGCGCUUGGAUAACUGGAGUGGGCAAUAUCAGCAGUUGA